GGACUGCCACCAUCCCUGUAGCCCUUGGAGACCGGAGCUGCCAGCAUGGAGCUGCAGGUGGUCCCUAGGGACAUGGACAGCCAGGUGAGGCCUGUGGAGAGGGCUGGACUCACCAGUGUAGCUCUCCUCACCUCCCAGGUUGUCUGUGCCAGCCGGGAAGCAGCUUCUUGCACGGGGACAUUUUGCACAGGGCGGCUGGGACACCCAGCUCAGGCUGGGAAGUGUGGGAUGGGGGCUGUUCAUGCUGGAGCUCGCUGGUGCCUUCCUGGUGCUCAGCAAACAUGGAGUGUGACAUGGAGCAGCAGGUCCCUGUGUCCAGAUGCCCUGAUCACACCUCUGUGCCCGGCUGUGGAGUCCUGGUGCUGCUGAUGGCAGUGCCCCAUCUCUGCAUUGCAGGAAAAAGCAUCAGCUUCUGGCUUGGCCAGGGCAGAGAAGAGCUGUCACUUGCCCCAUUUCCAGUCCAAGGAGAUAAUGAAGAGGCGCAAACGCUGGCAGGAACGGCUGGGCCCGGGAACCUACAACAUCAGGGACUUUCUGCAGGAGACACGGCCCUGCAGCCUCCGGGGGAUCUGCGACACGAGGGAGCAGCGCUUCAGAGAUGGCUGUAGGGACUGCUUCCCCGGCCCUGGAACCUACGGUCCUCAGGGGAACCCCUACAUCCCCCUCCAGGAGAGGGACAAGCGCUACGCCAGCACGCGAGGAGUGAUGCACAGCAAGACCGUGAGGUGUGGCCUGCCAGCAGUCCUGGGCAGUGGCCUGGGACCCGGCACCUACGAGCUGCGGAGCAGCAUCGACGAGGGGCUGCAGCGGGCGAUGGACUCUAGAUCCUGCAAGACCUUCUUGGGGCACAAGUCGAAGCCCACCGUUGGUGGCCAUCACGCCCUGGAGAGGAAAGGCACCAAGCCGAGCACUGGUGCUGUCAAGAGUUUCCUGGAUGAGCUGAUGUUGAGGGAGAACAAGAAGAAAGGCUGCUUCAGCACCCUGCCCAGGAACCCGGGCUGCCCCACAGAGAGGAUCUUCUGGGCCACGCUCAGCCAGUGCCCAAGGGAGGAGUGGGCGGUGGGGCCGGGCUCCUACAACCCAAAGCCCAUUGAGAGAUCAGAGUACUCCAACCAACCUCCUUUCUGGUCAUCUGCCAAGAGAUUUGACAGGAAGUCCUACCGCUUCUUUACCGGGAACGAGCAGCAUCAGCAGCAUGUUGCAGAGCCAGUGCAGAACCCUGUAGGUGUUGGCCGCUACGACAUCACCAGGCAUGAAAAAUACCCUCCAAAGACAAGAUACCAGUCCCUGUACCAGUGUGACACACAGCGGUACCUGAGCGACUUGAAGCGGGACGCCUACUUGCUCGAGAGGAUCAAGCCUGUUGCUAAAAACAACUGGAGUGAUUUGGUUUCUGCCCCAUGUUGA